GCGCUGCGGGUCUGCGUGAAGGCGCGGCGGCAGUCGGGGCCGGGCGGAGCGGCCGACAAGGGCUGCGGGCGCGGCGGAGCGGGGGACGGCGGCGGGCCUGCCUCGGCGCCGAGGGGGACGUGCGCUCUGGGACCGCGGAGCAGCCGGGCGUCGCGGCCGAGUGAGAUCCAAUGAAAUGAACUUGACAUUUGAAGACAGAAGACAUAGUUUCAAAUCCCUGCUUCUUCACUUACCUCUUUUUGUUAUUUGAAACAUCUGCAAGAUGUUGACGGUGAAGACUUGGAUUGUACAAGUUCUGUUUUUGCUCCUCACCUCUGAGUCUAUAGGUGAACUUGUAAACCCAUGUGGUUAUAUCACUCCUGAAUCCCCAGUUGUACAACUUGGUUCUAACUUCACUGCUGUUUGUGUGCUAAAGGAAAAAUGUAUGAAAUCUUACCAUGUCAAUGCAAGUUACAUUUUCUGGAAAACCAACCAUGUCACUGUUCCUAGUGAACAGUAUACGGUCAUAAACAGCACAGCAUCCAGUGUGACAUUUACAAAUAUAUCUUUAUCAAAUACUCAGCUCACUUGUAACAUUCGGACAUUCGGACAGAUCGAUCAGAAUGUUUAUGGAAUCAGAAUAGUUUCAGGCUUGCCUCCAGAAAAGCCAAAAAACUUGAGCUGCAUCGUGAAUGAGGGGGAGAAGAUGAGGUGCCAGUGGGACCCCGGGAGGGAGACCUUCCUGGACACCAACUUCACUUUGAAAUCGGAAUGGGCAACAGAGAAGUUUGAUGAUUGUAAAACAAAACGUGGCACUCCCACCACAUGCACUCUGAGUUACUUUCCUGUGUAUUUUGUCUACCUUGAAGUCUGGGUGGAAGCAGAGAAUGCCCUCGGGAAUGUUACUUCAGAUCAUAUCAACUUUGAUCCUGUAGAUAAAGUGAAGCCUAAUCCACCACAAAAUUUGUCAGUCAGCAACUCAGAAGAACUGUCUACUAUCUUAAAAUUGACAUGGCUGAACUCAAAUAUCUUGGACUUUUUAAUACUGAAAUAUAGCAUUGAAUAUAGAACCAAAGACGCCUCAGCUUGGAGCCAGAUUCCUCCUGAAGAUACAGCAUCGACCCGAUCUUCAUUCACUGUUCAGGACCUUAAGCCUUACACAGAAUAUGUGUUUCGGAUUCGUUGUAUGAAAGCAGAUGGUAAAGGUUUCUGGAGCGACUGGAGUGAAGAAGCAAGUGGCGUCACAUAUGAAGCUAGACCAUCCAAAGCACCAAGUUUCUGGUAUAAGAUAGAUAAAUCCCAUUCUCAUGGCACUAGAUCUGUACAACUCAUAUGGAAGGCACUGCCUCUUGCUGAAGCUAAUGGAAGAAUCUUGGAUUAUGAAGUGACUCUCACAAGAUGGAAGUCACGUUUACAAAAUUACACAGUUAACGACACCAAGCUGAAAGUCAACCUUACAAGUGAUCGCUAUAUAGCAUCUCUGACAGCAAGAAAUACGGUUGGCAGAUCGGACACAUCUGUUUUAACUAUCCCUGCCUAUGACUUCCAAGCCACUCACCCUGUAACGGAUCUUAAAGCGUUUCCCAAAGACAAUGUGCUGUGGGUGGAAUGGACAGCUCCAGGCAAGCCUGUGAUCAAGUAUAUCGUGGAGUGGUGUGUGCUGUCGGACAGGGCGCCCUGCAUCCCAGACUGGCAGCAAGAAGAUGGGGCCGUGCGUUCCACCUACCUGAAAGGGGACCUGGAGGAGAGCAAAUGUUACUUGCUGACAGUCACGCCGGUCUAUGCUGAUGGGCCGGGAAGCCCUGCUUCUGUAAAGGCAUACCUCAAGCAAGCCCCACCUUCCAGAGGACCUACUGUUCGGACAAAAAAAGUGGGGAAGAAUGAAGCUGUCUUAGAAUGGGACCAACUUCCUGUUGAUGUUCAGAAUGGAUUUAUCAGAAAUUACACUAUAUUUUAUAGAACCAUCAUUGGGAAUGAGACUGCUGUGAAUGUGGACUCCUCUCACACAGAAUACACACUGUCCUCUCUGACUAGUGACACACUGUACAUGGUAAGGAUGGCCGCGUUUACGGAUGAAGGCGGGAAAGAUGGUCCGGAAUUCACCUUUACUACACCAAAGUUUGCUCAAGGAGAAAUUGAAGCCAUAGUCGUGCCUGUUUGCUUAGCAUUCUUACUCAUAACACUCUUGGGAGUGCUGUUCUGCUUUAAUAAGCGAGACCUAAUUAAAAAGCACAUCUGGCCGAACGUUCCAGAUCCUUCAAAGAGUCACAUUGCCCAGUGGUCACCACACACCCCCCCAAGGCAUAAUUUUAAUCCAAAAGAGCAGAUGUACCCAGAUGGCAAUUUCACUGAUGUAAGUGUUGUGGAAAUAGAGCCAAAUGACAAGAAACCUUUUCCAGAAGAUCUAAAAUCACUGGACCUGUUCAAGAAGGAAAAAAUAAGUACCGAAGGCCACAGCAGUGGCAUCGGAGGGUCUUCCUGCAUGUCCUCUUCCAGGCCAAGCAUUUCUAGCAGUGAUGAAAAUGAAUCGGCACAAAACACUGCCAGCACCGUCCAGUACUCCACGGUGGUACACAGUGGCUACAGACACCAGGUCCCAUCUGUCCAAGUCUUCUCAAGAUCUGAGUCCACCCAGCCCUUGCUAGAUUCUGAGGAACGGCCAGAAGAUCUGCAAUUAGUAGAUAAUGUUGAUGGCAGUGACAGCGUUUUGCCUAGGCAACAGUAUUUCAAACAAAACUGCAAUCAACUUGAAACCAGUCCAGACAUGUCGCAGUUUGAAAGGUCAAAGCAAGUUUCAUCCGUCAGUGAGGAAGAUUUUGUUAGACUUCAGCAACAGCAGAUUUCAGAUCCUAUUCCACAGUCCUGUGGAUCUGGGCAAAUGAAAAUGUUUCCAGAAGUUUCUUCAGCAGAUGCUUUUACUGGUCCAGUUACUGAGGGACAAGUAGAGAAUUUUGAAGCAGUUGGCAUAGAAGCUAUGGUUGACGAAGGAAUGCCUAAAAGCUACUUACCACAGACUGUGAGACGAGGUGGUUACAUACCUCAGUAAGAUUAGUUCCUGUCACAACUUCAGCAGUGUUUUAUCUAAUUUCAGAUAAAAGCAGUCUUCACUAACUGAAGAUGGUCAUUUGCCCUGAAGGACAAAAUUGUACUCAACUCUCACAUGGGCUGUUUCCAGAUGCUCUGGAAUCUUCUCUUAAGCACUACAUAAACUGAUAUCAUCCUCUGAAUAUUUUGUGCUGAUUCAGGAUGUUUGCACUGAAGAAAAGAAAGAAAAAAAGCUUGCCUGAAAUUUAUAAUGUAAAUUUUUUUAUUCUGCCACCUAUAAAAAUAGGAUUUAAAAAAAAAUGUGCUAAAUUUGGUGAGCACAGCUCACCAGUUUUCAUGAGAAUGGUCAUCCAGGUGGCUUAGUUGAGUUAAUAGAAAAUGUGAGGAAGCACUGUCUAGACCUUCUGAGUAGAGGUCCCAAUGGCACAGUUAUAUGAGUCCAGCUCUUACUAUCGGACAAAAAUAUAAAAUGGGGCUCAUUUGUAAUCAUAUCAACCUAUAAAAUAUUACUUCUGUUCCCAUGAUAAUGAUGCUACCAGUUACUGGAGCAAAGGGAUUAAAGCUAUUCACUUUUUUUCCCCCAUACUAUAUAAUUAUCAGUAAUCUCACUAAAUGUUUGAAAACUUGCUUUUUAUCUUUAUUGACGACCUUUUUGAAAACCCAGUUCAAAAACUCAGCAGAGUUCCCAGUUAAGAGCCAGGAGAAUGUUAAACUACAAACAUUUAAAAAAAUGUUUUCCACAUAUAAAGACUUAAAUUGUUAAUUUAUAUACUGUAAGCACAUAUUUAAGCUCAUUGACCCUUCCUGGUAAGACUUCAGAGUAUUUCUUUGGUAAAGCACUUUAUACAAUAUGCCUUUAGCUUCAAAUGGUUUAAUUGCAUGCUUUGUUUUUUUUCUUCAGGCAGCCCAAGAUUGGACUUUGCCUUCUCCUGUUAGGUGUUUGAAGUAAAUUAAGAGAACUUGGGAGUAUUCACCAAAAUACUCCACAGUACGAUCCCAGAAAUAUAUGUGUUGACCAUGGCAUAUAUCACAGUUAGCAAACAUUCUUAUUACGGAGGCACUUAAUGGAGGAGAGUUAUUUUCAUGUCUGCCAUUUUCGACCGCAGGUGGAACUUAGUUUUACAUUGUGAUGUAGUAAUACUUUAAACCUCCCCUUAUUGCCCUGUCCUUUAGGGGAGAAGUGAGCCAAGCUCCCAGAGUUGACUGCUAAACCCGUCUUUGCGUCCUUGCUAUCUUAGGUACCGGUGCUCAAAAUAGACGCUGAUUAUGUAAGAAGAAUCGCCAUAACUCUUAGUAGUUACUGCUGCUGUCUAAUGAGUUGGAGUAAAAUAGGUUCUGUUGGGCCUAAAGUGCAUGAGACUUGCAUGCCCGAGGCACUAGCCAUCCGAGUCCAUCCCCAGAAGCCAGAACUGCGCAUGCUCCGGCGAAAGGGAAGAAGGGUGGGGUUGCUUUUCCAUCAUGUUGCAGUUACAGAAACCUAGUCAAAUUCACAUAGUUCGUAGAAGUUCCUAGAGAAUCAAAGGCCACAGAUAAAUGAUAUACAUUUGUAGGUGAAAUAUAAUUUAACUUUUUUACUCUUCGAAUACUAUCCACAGUAUACUUCCUGUUACGCUUUAUCCUUAGUGAGUGUGGUUGCGUUUAUGUAAUGGCGUGUAUUUCUUAGGGUUCUUUCACAUAUAUAGUCUUCUGCUUGAGACAAAGCAAAUGCUUUAUUCUGGUAUUACUAGCUAUACUUUAUGUAGAACAAACAUAAGAUUGAUAAGCAGAAUUAGAUGAGAAAAACUAGAGAAGGCAAGUAGAGACAGACAGACCACACUACAAGGUAAUAACUGUCGCCACUGUCAACUUGGUUAUCAAAGACUGGUCUAAGACAGGACAAGAUUUUUCCGACUAAACGCCUGUCAAAAAAAUUUUUUUUUUAAUUUGGUUAUGUUUUUCAUGUCCUCAGAAUAGUCAUGUUACUACUCGUGUCUAGCUUUAAUCUCACUGAAGCAAAUAACAGUGUUGUAAAAAAGAUUCUAGUAUGGAGUUUGCACAGGUCAGAGGAGCAGUUAUAUAAAAUGUGAAGUCAUGAGCUAAGAGAAAGAGGAUGAGGCCAUUUGUAGAGGACAGUAUGCGCCUAGACGACUUGUGUGUGAGACUGAUAGGCCUUGGUGUAGUAUGUGAAUGUCCUCAGACACAAGAGCACAUAUUAAGUGGGAUACGGAUACGGAUACUGUGUAAAACUCCAUUUGGAAUCUGUAAUGUACAUCUCUACCCCAAAGAGAAAAGCAACCACAAAACUUCAAAGUUCCAAGUGCAUGUAAAUUGCUUAGUAAUAGAGAAGCACAUCUAAUUAUUUGUGUGAAAAAUAGUCUGUAUAAAUCAGAAGACUUACUUUCAUUGAGUCUUUCAUAUGCAAAGAAUUAAGUUAAAGCAUAUCAAUAAAACACCCUCUAUGUGGACAAAAUUCACUAUAUUUGAAAGCUACCUCCUUAGAUAGGAUUUGAGAAAAGUCAAACAUAUCUCAUAUAUUGACCACUUUAUGUAUUUUAAUAGGUACUGGUAGUUUUGAUGGCUUAUCCUCCUAAAGGCGUAAUGCUGAAUAACGGUAAAUCUAUCAAACUUCAAACCAUUCAAGUAAAAAUGAAAUCUCUGCUUUCCGUGUGGACCAGUCAGCACUUGAGUCAAGCAGGGGAGAGCAAAGUCAUUCACAUCUGUCCUCUGUCUCACCUGCUCAUUUUAUUUACACCCUUAGUCAUCCAGUGAUCCUAUCUUACUAUAUAGAAAGUUAAAGGUUAAUAAAAUUAAGGUGCAAUUUUAAAACAAUAAAGCUCAUACUUAAGGCAGUAUUUUGAAAGUAACCUUAGAGGCAGAAAUCAGAAUGUGCAGAUGUCUUUCUAACCCCAAAGCUAGAAUCAUUAUAUAAACAUAGAAGCAGAACACUUGUAGAGUUCUCCAGAAUACUUGCUUCCUGGCUUGUGUUGACAAAGUGAGUCAAGCAGGCAAGCUCACCCUCUAUUCUGUUCCAUGCCACAGCAUGGUCUGCUGACUGGGUUUAAGAAAAGCUCAACUACAUAGUUCUGCUUCAGUAAUAUUUGUUGAAGUGGGUAGACAAAAUAAGCUAUCUGAAACAUUUUUGAUACUGCGAUAGCUUUAUAAUGCAGACACAUUAGAUUCCGCCCUCACAAUGAGAUCACUUUAAAAUUGGACUUUCCUGUAAAUUGAGAGGCUGAAGCUAUAAAUUAGCAGGACGCCUAGGUUUAGUCAAAAGUCGGGGCAUUACCGUAGAUCUUGGAGAAGAACUAACCUCUCCUGAAUUCCUCGGGCUGUUCCUACUAGCAGUUCCUGUUCAGAUCAUUUAUAAGCAGAAGUCAGAGAUAGGGCAGAUCAGGCCUCCAGAGCCCGUUUCCUAUCUCCGGGAUUGAUCUGGUUCUCUCCAUUGUUUGUGUUGUGAGUGUCCGGUAGUAGCGCGAUACUUUCAUCCGUACUGCAUUAAGAAUAAGUCAGCUCUUCCGUUCUCAACAUGUCUAAAGUUGUAAGGGCUUUCUGUAGUCGGUUCCUCCGGACUCCACUGUGCAGUUCUUUGAUGGGCCCCGAUGAAGAAUGUAUUUAAGGCCAGUCGUGGUAGAUGUUUCAGACCUCUGGAUCCUUCAAACAUAAGUUUUUUCCUGAAUGCUAAGUACAUUUCAGAUGCUGUUACAUUAAUAGCAAAAUGUGAUGUGUGUUGGAGGCGUUUUAAAGGUGGAUAUCAGAAAACUUAUUUACUAUCCUUAUAUGUGUAUUUUGAAUAAUAUACUCUAAGAAUAAGUGUGCAAUUUGCUAGUGCAAGACAGUGAUUAGCAUUAGGUAUGUUCCUUGUUUAUUAAGUACGUCCCAUUUACUUGUAUGUGCAAUCCUUUCAUGUUUCUCUUGCCUUUUUAAUCCCACCAGCCUACUUUACAGAGGGCUUGUCUAAAGUAAAGUAUUUUUACCUUUGCAGUGAAUUGCAUGUGCUAUUUGUAACCACAGCUGCUGUUCUUUAUGUUGACAAAACUAAAUGUUCUCAUAUAUCAACUCAGUCCUUUAAAUUUAAUAAAGCCUUGUUCAAAUGUUG